AUGAAAGAAAUGAAGCCCUUUUCUCUUCAACUAUGUUUGAUGCUAUGGACAAUGAGUGCAAGUGUACAUUGUUUGAUUCCGUCGUCGGUCGCUCGUACAUUGUUUGUCGAUCCAGCUCAAGAUCCAUUCUUCGAUGUGUACAUUGAAACAAUUGUUCAAAUGAGUAUGAAAGAUAUUUUGGCAAUUCCCAAAAUGGAUGAUGAUCAAUUUCUGGCGUAUCUAGCGAGCGAUGUUAAUACGUUACCUGGUAUUCAACUUCGUGCUAAUCCGUCGAUUUUCAACGCCAUUCGUGAUGAUCAACUAAUUGAACAGCCAAAUAUUGACAAGGAAUGGGAGACUCUGAUGGUAUCAGGUCCAAUUGUUGUUAAUUAUGUCGGUAAUCUGAUGGUGCUCGCUAGCAAACGAGAUUUUCCAUUUAAUGUUUCGGCUGACUAUGUUUAUCGUUACAUCAGGUAA